AGCUCGGAGGUGUGAACAGAACCCGGAACAUCAACAGACGAAGCGUUCUUUAGUGGGCCGGAACCACCGACAUGCCGCGUGUGUUUAUAUCCAGCAGGACUUUGGUGUCGGCGGCUCUCAGUCUGCUGCUGACCCGCCUGUGCUGCUCCUCCCCGCCGGUACCAGAGGUACCGCUUAUAGCGGCACGUUUCGGUACCAAGACUCGGUACGAGGACAUGAACCAGCAGCUGCUGCGGGACAUUCUGUUCGUCAACCGGUCGGUUUUAAAAGCUCCGGCGGAGCAGCGCUGCUCUCCGGUCCACGUCACCGCCGUCAUCCGGCACGGCAGCCGGUACCCGACCCAGAAGAACAUCCGCCGGAUCCAAAGUCUGGCCGAGCUGGUCCGGACCGAAAGUCCCACAGGCUCCGUCCUGGACCACUGGGUCAUGUGGUUCACACAGGACAUGGACGGUCAGCUGGUGGAGAAGGGGCGGGAUGACCUCCGCCACCUGGCGAAGCGUUUGGCCAUCUUGUUUCCCUCUCUGCUGAUGGAGGAGAACUUUCGGCAGCGGAGGAUCAGCUUCCUGAGCAGCUCGAAGCACAGAUGCCUCAGCAGCGUGGAGGCCUUUCAGCAGGGUCUGCAGCAGCACUGGAACCAGCACGAUUUUGUGUACAGCCACAAGGUGGAUGACGAGCUGAUGCGCUUCUUCGAGCGUUGCCGUUACUACGUGGAAGGCGUGGAGAACAACCACACAGCGCUGAUGGAAGUGGAGAAGUUCAAACAUGGCGAGGAGAUGGAGGGAGUGAGGAGGAGGAUGGCAAACAGACUGGGCCUUCCUCUGCAGCGCCUCACACCUGAUCUGGUGGAGGCGGCUUUCUUCUUGUGCUCCUAUGAGCUGUCAAUCAAAUCUGUUCAUUCACCGUGGUGCUUCCUGUUUGAUGACAAUGAUGCAAAGGUUCUAGAGUACAAGUUGGACCUGAAGCAGUACUGGAAGCGCUCACAUGGUCAUGGUAUCAACAGUCUGUCCAGUUGUCCUCUCUUCCAUCACAUCUUCAGGACCCUGGACAGAGCCGGACGCCCGCGCAGGUCCACUGAAGCCUCACCUGAACCAGCCUCUAUCCAGGUGGGACACGCUGAGACGCUCCUCCCCCUUCUUGCCCUGCUGGGACUUUACAAGGAACAGGCUCCGCCCACUUCACAUAACUACAACACACAGCACGGCAGAAGUUUCCGGAGCAGCCGGCUGGUCCCAUACGCUGCCAACCUGCUGUUUGUUCUGUACGACUGUCAGCGAGGCCCCAGGGUCCAAAUGCUCCUCAAUGAAACCCCACUUCGGUUCCCAGGACUGGAGGAGGAUGCACCGCUGUAUCGAGAUGUCAGGGUCACAUAUCGCCACCUGCUGGAUGGCUGUGACUUCCACAAGGAGUGUAAAGGUCCAACCGGCAACCGCACCCCAAACACAGAGCUGUGAAGCCACGUUCUGGUUCCACAUUAAGGAGUUUGCAGCCGCUGAGGGUCUCUGGAUUCUGUUUGGAGGCUUACAGUAGGACGGCACUCUGAGGUCCAACCUUCUGUCGAGGCCACAAAUGCACCAAAACAUUUUCUUUUGGUUUUCUAUUACAAGACCAAACUUUCAAACAUUCUACUGGCAAACGGGUUAUUGGGACAAGCUCCUCUUUGAU